UUAGUGGAUUAUUGUGAAUAAUAAUUUAUUGGAUAAAAUGGAAUCUAAUUCAGACAAAUAUAUGGACCAAGAAGAGACCAAAGUUCAUAAGAGAGUGAGGUUCAAGAUUCAAGAUACUAAGGAGCAUGUUGAGACCACCUCAGUUGAUAAGCAAGUAGAAUCUAUAGAGUUUCAGACAAUGUCAAGCCAAGAUAUACAACAAUUAGCAGAAAUAGAGGUUAUUAACAGCAAAUUCUAUAACCUUGAAGAGUCAGUGGAUGGAGUCGCCUUCGCACCUUCCAAAGAUGGCCUCCUGGAUCCCAGAAUGGGAGUCUCCUCAAAAAGCGAAGUUUGUAACACAUGUCAUGAGAAAUAUGACAAAUGUCCUGGCCAUUAUGGAUAUAUCAAGUUAGAACUUCCUGUAUAUCAUGUUGGAUUUUUCAAACACGUUCUUCAGAUCCUCCAGUGUAUUUGUAAAACAUGCUCUGAAGUUCUCUUGACCCAGACUUCGAAGAAAGAGUAUUUGGCAAAGAAGCUCAAAAUUACAGACCCUAUUGAACGUGAGAAGAUCAGAAGAGACAUGAUUAAUGAAUGCAAGAGCCAGAAGAUGUGUCUCCAUUGUGAUGCGUACAAUGGAACGAUUAAGAAGGAACCUAAGAUAGCAUGUAAAAUCAUCCACGACAAGUUUGAUAAAGAGAAGAUUACCCAAGAUGAGAGCAUCAAUAUGCUAACUUACCAGUUUGAGCACAUCUGCAAAAUUAACAAAGAUGUUGAGUGGGGGCUCAACAAGAUGCUUCAGGAUAUUAACCCACUCACUGCUUACAAUUUGUUAAAGAACAUUAAGAAAGAAGAUAUACCGCUCUUUGACAUGCCUGGAAAAGAUAUUUUACCUGAAGAUAUGAUCAUUAGGUAUGUGAUCGUACCUCCAAUCUCCUUAAGACCUUCUGUCGCUGUCUCAGAGAACAGAAGAAAUGAGGAUGACUUGACAGUAAAGUUGUUCGAGGUCCUAAAUUUGAACUUCUUGAUCAAAACCUGCAUUAACGAGGGACAGCCUCACUCCAAGCUGACACAAUCUUGGAAUAUGUUGCAAUACACUUUAGCACAGUAUAUUAAUUCAGACACUCCUGGACUUCCAAUUCAUCAAAUGGGGAACAAGUCUAUCAGAGCUUUUUGUCAAAGGCUAAAAGGAAAGCAAGGAAGGUUUAGAGGUAACCUCAGUGGUAAGAGAGUCGACUUCUCAGGCAGAACUGUAAUCUCCCCUGAUCCGAAUGUACAGAUCGGGCAAGUUGUUGUCCCUGUUGACAUGGCUAAGAUCUUUACUUUCCCCACUACAGUUAACAACAUCAACAUGCAAAGAAUGAAGAAAUUAAUCCUAAACGGACCUGAAGUGCAUCCAGGAGCCAACUUUAUCGCCUAUAAAGACGGUAGCAAGAUGAAGAUCCAUGAUAGGAAUAAGGAGAGGCUCAUCAAGAAUCUCAGGAUUGGAGAUAUUGUUGAGAGACAUCUUUCAGACGGUGAUACAGUUCUGUUUAAUAGACAGCCAUCUCUUCACAGGCUCUCCAUCAUGAGCCACAAGGUCAAAGUAAUGCCUUGGAAAACACUCAGAUUUAACGAAUGCUGCUGUGGACCUUAUAAUGCAGAUUUCGAUGGUGAUGAAAUGAACAUACAUCUUCCUCAAACUCAUGAAGCCAAAGCAGAGGCGAAUGUCCUCAUGAACGUUGUCAACAACCUAGUCACACCCAAAAGUGGAGAGCCUCUAAUUGCUGCAACACAGGACUUCCUGACAGCUUCCUUCUUGUUAACCAACAAAGAUAGAUUCUUCGACCAAGCAGAGUUCUGAAGAAUUUGUGGAUAUUUCUGUAUUGAAGAAAAUGAGAGAAUUGAUAUUCCUCUUCCAGCCAUCAUCAAGCCCGUCAAACUCUGGACAGGGAAGCAGAUCAUCAACAUGCUUGUUAGUCAGAACAAGAGCCAAAAGUUAUCCAUAAACUUUGAGCUUGAAGAGAGAAAUUACAUAGGAAGUACAAAACAAAUGUGUCCUCAAGAUGGAUAUGUCUUGUUCAGAGGCAGUGAAUUGAUGUGUGGCAAUCUAGGUAAAGCCACCCUUGGAGAUGGAUCCAAGAAAGGCUUAUUCUACGCAUUGAUCAGAAACUGUUCCAAUGAAAUGGCUGCAAAAUGCAUGCUGAGACUUUCAAAGUUCGCAUCAAGAUGGUUAUCCAAUUAUGGAAUGUCUAUCGGGAUCAGUGAUGUUAUUCCUUACCAAAUCGUAGACCAAAAGGCGGAAAUAGUCCAAGAAGGAUACAGGAAAUGUGACUCCAUAAUCGAGAGAUUUAACGAAGGAAAGCUUAAGCUCAAAGCUGGAUGUAAUGCAGACCAGACAUUAGAAAGCGAGCUCAACGGUAUCCUCUCUGAUAUCAGAGAGAAAGCUGGUAAAGUUUUGAAAGUUGUCCUUCCAAAAACAAACUCUCCCUUGAUAAUGGCAACUUGUGGUUCUAAAGGAAGUUUCUUGAACCUCAGUCAGAUGAUAGCUUGUGUAGGACAGCAAACAGUCAAUGGACAGAGAAUCCCUGAAGGGUUCAUUAACAGGUCUCUGCCACAUUUCGAAACAUUUAGCAAGUAUCCUGCAGCUAAAGGAUUUUGUAAAGCCAGUUUCUUUUCAGGAUUGAAUGCCACUGAGUUCUUCUUCCAUACUGUAGGAGGAAGGGAAGGUCUAGUCGAUACAGCCGUAAAGACAGCAGAGACAGGAUAUAUGCAAAGAAGAUUGAUUAAAUCCCUUGAAGAUCUCUCAGUAAAGUACGAUUACUCCGUGAGAACAAGUACAGGUCAAAUGGUGCAAUUCCUCUAUGGAGAUGAUGGACUUGACCCUAUGAAUAUCGAUAAGAAUGACCUUCCGGUAAACUUUGAAAGACUCCUCGCCAAUGUAAGGGAAAAGACUAAGAGUGGUGCUACAGUCUCUAGUGAAUUCAACCUGAGACCAGAUGAAAUUGAACAAUCUUUAGAAGAAUCGAUCUUAACUGAAAAGAUCAUUAAUAAGCAUAUCACUGAAAGCUUCUGAGAUGAAUUUAGAAAAUAUGUCAAAUCUGAGUUGUAUGAGAAACUUAUAGGCCUAAGAAAAGUCAUGGGUUAUGAUCUGGCACAUUCAAAGAAAGUAACGAAAAAGGCAAUGAAGGAGGAGGAUAGAAUUAUGAAGAAUUUCUUCACUUUGACACAAUCUCAGUUCGAAAUGUUCUGUUCCCAAGUAUGGAAUGUGUACAAAGAAUCAAUGGUUGUCCCAGGUGAGGCUGUAGGAGCUGUCAGUGCACAAUCUAUUGGAGAACCUGGCACCCAAAUGACUCUCAAGACAUUCCACUUUGCCGGUGUGGCUUCUAUGAACAUCACACUUGGAGUACCAAGAAUCAAAGAAAUAAUCAAUGCUGCUAAAACAAUUAGUACACCGAUCAUAUCUGCAAAUUUUCAUAACAAGAAGAAUGAGGCUAGUGCAAGAAUUAUCAAAGGAAAUCUCGAAAGGACUCACCUCGGAGACAUAACUGAGUAUAUCAAAGAGGUUUACAGAUCAAAUAACUGAUUCCUUGAGGUGAAACUUGACUUGGAGACCAUCGGGAAGCUCAAACUUGACCUCACCAUCCAAGAUGUAGCAGCUGCAAUUGUGAAAUCAGUAACAGUCACUAAGAUAAACAAAGAAAUUAAGGCUAAGUCUUCAGGACUCAAGAUUAAACCCAAGCAUGUGACUAUUGAUGGGAAUGACAAAAUCAGGAUAAACCCAUAUGAAUCAACUAGAGAUGCUAUGUACGGCUGCAUGCAACUCAUGAAGAUUACAUUGCCUAAGAUCCUUGUCAAGGGAGUCCCAACUAUUGAGAGAGCAGUCAUAAACAAAGCAGAAGAUGAUAGCGGGGACCUUAACCUCGUUGUAGAGGGAUAUGGCCUCAAAGAGGUCAUGCUAACUCCUGGAGUAAUUCCUUCCCAGACUACUUCUAAUCAUAUCAUCGAGGUUGAAAAUGUCCUUGGAAUUGAGGCUGCCAGGAGCGCUAUUAUUCAAGAGAUUCAAUACACUAUGAACGGACAUGGUAUCUCUGUUGAUCCAAGACACAUUACAAUGCUUGCAGAUGUAAUGACUUACAAGGGAAGGAUCCUUGGAAUCACUAGAUUUGGUAUUUCCAAGAUGAAGACAUCCACACUCAUGCUUGCAAGUUUCGAGCAGACCACUGAUCAUCUCUUCAACGCUGCUGUUUACAACAAGAAAGAUCUUAUCACUGGAGUCAGCGAAUGCAUUAUCACUGGAAAUAUCUUACCUGUAGGAACAGGAAUCUUCAAAUUGUUCUAUGAUAGCGAUGAACUCAAACUAGGUGAAAAGACAAGCGAUGGACAUCCAAAGAACUUGGUUGGAAAAUCUGAAAAACCUGACUUAUUUUGGCUAAAAUAAUUACCUAACUCACUUAAGAUACAUUUUUAUGUGCUAAAUU